UUUCUUGGUGUCAAAUUUUACUGAGGAAUUGUCUUACUUUUUUCCAUUUUCAGAUCUGAGAUCCCAUCGCACAAUGGUAGAUCAGUUCUUGAGGAUGCAGCCUUCCCUGGGAGUAUUAAGAACUCCGAUCUUCCCCGGUUUGCUACCUUGGAUACUGGCAAAGGUUCAGUGACAAUUGAACUGUUCAAGGCUACUGCUCCCACUGUUGUUGACCAAUUCAUGAAGUUAUGUCAAGAUGGCUAUUUCAAAGGUUUCUUAUUCAGUCGAGUUGUUAAGCAUUCUGUGAUUCAAGCGGGUGCCUCUGGUGAGUUUGAUGCUGUCAAAGAUUGGGCACUCCAAAGGAAGAACCUUGAUACCAGUUUAAAACAAGAAGAAUUCAUGGUGGGAACUCCUAAAGCUAAAAACGAGCAAGGAGGAUUCGACUUCUUCAUUGUAUCUGCUCAGAUCACAGAUCUGAACGAGAAAUUGACUGUCUUUGGUCGUGUUGCCAAGGGACAAGACGUCGUUCAGGACAUCGAGGAGGUUGAGACUGAUGAACAGUAUCAACCAAAGUCACCAAUUGAGAUCAUGUCCGUCACUUUGCUUCAAGACAUGUAAUAAGCUUAUUUGCUUCUCUCGUCUCUUCUUGUAUGAAACUCAAGUGUGAUUCUUUCUUUUUUGUAAUUGAACCCUUUUUAUCAUAUCUAUUUUGCAUCA